GAGGAGGAGGAGGACGCAGAGCUCGAGUGGCUCCAUCCCGGGGUGGGCACGCCGGCGGGUGGGGGUCCCUGCGCCGCUGGCCCCUGCGCCCGGCACAGGCGGCUGGUCCUGGCGACCGUGCGGGAGGAGGCAGCGGCCCGGAUGAGGCACGUGAGCCCCACGCGGGGCCGGCGGCGCUGGUGGCUUGGAGUAGGCGGCGUGGCCGAGUCCGACCCCACGUCCGCAGUCGCCCGGCGCUUCCUCCGUUUCCUCGGUUCACCUCGUUACUUCGGCACUCGGGGCUCGCCGCCGCGCCGCACUGUGAAAUCCCGCUCGGUGCUGCAGACCGUGGGUACGUCCACGUCACCCCAGCUGGCACACGCUGCUGAGCAUCAUGCCACUGAGCACCGUGCCACUGAGCACCACGCAGCUGAGCACCAUGCCACUGAGCAUCAUGCCAUUGAGCAUCGUGCCACUGAGCACCGUGCCACUGAGCAUCAUGCCACUGAGCACCACGCAGCUGAGCACCAUGCCACUGAGCACUGUGCCACUGAGCAUCGUGCCACUGAGCAUCAUGCCACUGAGCACCAUGCCACUGAGCAUCGUGCCACUGAGCACCACGCAGCUGAGCACCACGCAGCUGAGCACCAUGCCACUGAGCACUGUGCCACUGAGCAUCGUGCCACUGACCACUGA